AUGGGCCGCCUGUGCGCCCCGCCUGGCGCGGCGGAAGCCGCCAGCCCGACCUCCGGCAGGCAGCCGGGCGGGGGAGCUGGCGGGGAGGAUGAGUUGGUGGCAUCGUUGGAGCACCUGACUGAUCCUGAGGAGAUCAAACGAGUCAAGAGGAUGCUGUCCAAUCGCGAGUCGGCGCGGCGGUCGCGGCGGCGGAAGCAGGCGCACAUGGGGGAGCUGGAGACGCAGGUGACUCAGCUGCAGAUCGAAAACGCCAACCUCGCCAGCCGCCUCGGAGAAAUCGGGCGGAAAUACAGCGACGCUGCUGUUGACAACCGUGUUUUAAAAUCCGAUGUGGAGGCGCUGCGAGCUAAGGUGAAAAUGGCCGAGGAGAUGCUUGGAAGGGUGAAUCACAUGGCGCAGUAUAUGUAUCACCACCACCACCAGCCCAUGGCUUAUCGGCAUGAUCCUGCUGCUGCCGCUGCUGCUGCUGCUGCGGCGGCUGCUGCUGCUGCUGCUGGUUCGAUGCCUUACGGCCCGUCGGCUGCUGAGAUUGCGUACUAUCAGCACCACGCGCAUAACCCCUCUGCUGCAGCAGCAGCGGCAGCAGCUGCGGCGGCAGCGGCGGCGGCGGCAAGCACUGGUGCCACUGCUGCUGCUGCGGCGGCGGCUGGGGAAGCAGCCGGUUCUGCUCCUGCUACAAGUGCUGGGACUGCUGCAGCCGCUGCCGCCGCUGCUGCUGCUGCUGCUGCUGCAGCGGGAGGAGCCUCAGGAGCAGCACACUCUCACGUGUCUCUGCAGUCUCUCCAGUCGUAUGCCUCACAACACCAUGCAGCUGCGCUUUCAGCUGCAGCAGCACACCAUGGGGCAUAUUCACUCGAGGCUCUGCGUGCGGGGGGUAUGCACCUCCCAGGUUCGGGUAUUUCCCCUCAUAAUUAUGCUGCUGCUGCAGCGGCUGCGGCGGCAGCUGCAGCGGCGGGAGGAGGGCUGCACCCGAGCCUGGCUGCCAUGCCUGGGAUGCGUGGGCCGGCAGCAGGGAUUGCCGGACUUGGGGCAGGUUCGGGGAUGGCAGACCCAGCAGCCGCUGCUGCAUCUGCUGCUGCGGGUGGGGGAGAGGGGGGAGCAGCGGGAGGUAUGGGAGGAGAGGAGGCUGGGGGAGGUCGUUAUAGAAUGGAGCGGAGCGCAAGCAUGGAGAGGGCAGCAAGUGAAGAACAUGCACAGAAGAGGUUUAAAGCAGCAGAAUAG